AUUUCUGCUUUUGUUUUGGGUUUGCAACAUCCACAGACAUUUUGGUUUUGUUGUUUACAACCAUCUAUUGGUAAAAGCCAGUUAAAUGAAACAAAAUUGAACUUAGCCGCGUUUAGAGUCUUGCCUCUAACUGGCUCCUGAUGAGUCUCAGUAAAUUCCAGGCAGUUUCUGAUAAGUGUAGCGUUUCUCGAUUCCCACACCGUUUCCCAACCUAGUGCCGCCUCCCUCCCUCUCUCUCUCUCUCUCUCAUGGAUUAUUCAAAUCUCCUGUCAUUAAAUAUUCACCAUGGUUCAGCCCAGUGGGAUUUGUAAAGGAGCAGGCGGCUGUGUAAAAUGGUCACGCCAAAGAAAGUGAAAGAGGUCAAGACAAUCCGGGAAUAAAUGAUUUGAGGAAGGGAAACCUCCUAAAAUGGUUUUGGACCGCUCGCUGGUCGCAGCCAAGAACGGGGACCUGCUGGCGCUGCAGGAAUUACAGGGAAAGGGCUUGAUCCAGGAGAGGGUCACCGACCAUCUCGGAGCGUCCCCGGUCCACCACGCCGCCCGCUGCGGCAAACUGAGCGCCUUGAAAUUCCUGGUGGAAGAGGCGAAGCUCCCCGGCAACAAGAAAGCCAAGAACGGGGCAACUCCGGCGCACGAUGCGGCGGCCACCGGGAAUUUGCUCUGUCUGCAGUGGCUGCUCGCUUCGGGGGGCUGCAACAUCCAGGAUAAAGACAGUUCUGGAGCUACGGUCCUCCACCUUGCUGCAUGGUUUGGGCAUCAAGAUAUCACAGAUUGGUUAUUGAAAGGUGGAGGCUGUGACCCAACAGCAGCAACAGACACCGGAGCUCUGCCUGUGCACUAUGCUGCUGCCAAAGGUGACCUCCCAUCAUUACGACUGCUGCUUGGACACUGUCCCGAUGUUGUAAAUACACAAAUGAAAAAUGGUGCCACACCGCUCUAUUUGGCCAGUCAGGAAGGACACCUGGAGGCUGUUCAAUACCUUGUGAAAGAAUGUGGAGCAGAUCCACAUCUCCGAGCCAAUGAUGGGAUGACUGCACUCCACUCAGCAGCACAGAUGGGACAUAAUACUGUCAUUGUCUGGCUGGUGAGCUUUUCAAACAUUAGUCUAUCAGACCAGGAUGACGAAGGGGCCACAGCUUUGCACUUUGCUGCCAGCCGAGGACAUGCCAAGGUUCUCAGUUGGCUAUUGUUACACGGAGGUGAAAUCAUCACAGACAACUGGGGUGGCACCCCAUUACACGAUGCUGCAGAGAACGGGGAACUAGAGUGUUGUCAAAUCUUAGUGGUUAAUGGUGUUGAUCUGACUGUCCGUGAUCGUGAUGGCUACACAUCCGCAGAUCUAGCUGAGUACAAUGGACACAGUCAAUGUGCCAAGUACCUCAAGACUGUUGAAAACAUGAGUGUGGAACACCGGGUCUUGUCUCGAGACCCGUCUGUGGAUCUUGAAUACAAGCAGAUUGACUCAGGACUGUCGUCCCCCAACACCACUCUCUCAUCGCAGCAGCAAGCCAGGUUUGACUCAGGUUCACCGUCCAGCACUCUGUCCAACUACGACUCCUGCCACUCGAGCCAGUCCAGUACGAGAGAGAAGAGGAUCAGUCGGCAGGGCGCAGGGCAAGGGCCAGCAACUGUUACGGAGAUGGACACGUACAUACACAUGUUGAAUCCUGAGGAGAGCCAACAGAAGGGCAAGGCAGCUGAAGGCACAGCCCUUCCCCCAGCCCCCACCUUUCCUGCACCAACUCCGCCAGUGACCUCUGACCCAACGCCCCCACCUCCCACUUACCCAGCACCAACCCCUCCGGAGGCAAACCCAACUUCAGAAAAGAACGUGGCCGUAAAGAGUCAUCUUCGCCACUCCGAGAAUGAAACGCCAAAAAGACAUGAGUUAAACCUCAAUGAAAUAAAUCCAAACAGACUGAGGAGGGUAGAAUCAAAUCGAAAAUCAAGAAGUUUUAACAAAGAGCCCAGCACGGCAGAUUACUACAAGAGUCUGGGAAACGACGCAGAGGAGAAAAGUGGAAUGGCGCCCAAUGAGGAAGGCUCUCUUGUAUCUCAGGAGGGACUGAGGAAUGGAAGUGUACCAGAAAAGCAAACAACCAAUGACAUACCUGCUCCUCCACCUCCUCCCCCACUCCCUGAAACUGGGUCAGUCCUUGCUCCUCCGCCUCCCCCUCCUUUGCCAUCCACAGGGACCCCACCCCCACCCCCACCCCAACAGCCCAGCAACCAACAGCGGCGACCUUCAUCGUCUGCGGCAAGAGGCAAAGGACUGAGGCUAAUUAAGGGUACAAAAUCUUUCAACAUGAUGUCCCCUACAAGUGAUAACUCUGAGUUACUGGCUGAGAUCAAAGCUGGGAAAAAUCUGAAGCCAACCUCGCAGAGUAAAGGAUGUACUGUGGUCUUUGCAAGUUCUGGGGCAAUACCUGAAUAUGCAAAGCGCCAGUUUGGCAGUCCAACUGAACCAGCUGUAAAUGGCAUGGCAACGUCACAGGCGGUGGAUGUUGAGUCUCUCAUACCAACUCACGAUGAGCAGGGAACCCCGAUCCCAGAGUGGAAGAGGCAGGUGAUGGCACGGAAACUGCAGGUCAAGAUCCAGGAAGAGGAAGAGCAGAAACGUCGAGAAGAGCAGGAAAAAGCUCGUUUUGCUAAUAUGCCAGCAUGGAAGAGGGAUAUCGUCAAAAAGAAAAUAGAUGAAGAAAGGGAGAAAAAGAGGCAAGAGGACGAGAAAUUGAAGAAGGAUGAAGAAGAUAAACGUAAGGAACAGUCCGAGCUACUGCGGAAUCUUGGCUAUGACGAAUCGAAACUGGCACCUUGGCAACGACAACUCAUCCUGAAAAAAGGAGACCAAGCGAAGCAAGAAUAAGACUCUUCCCUCAGAGCCAUCUUCCAUUUCGGCUGUAGCGUAGAUUGUGCUGUUCAGUAGGUGGCAGAUCCGAAGGUUUAACUCAUGCUACACAUGCUGGGCCCAAUGCAGUAGAGACCAUUGUUAAUCAGUAGCUCUUUCUUCAGAUCAUGUCACGCCUCUGUAAGUUACAAGCCAAAAUUUCAAAGUUUGAGAGGAUUCUUUCAUGCUUCUACCUGUACUUGCAUCUCUCACAUAUGUCUCACUAUCUCCAGUUCUCAGCAUUCCCAUAUUAAUUUCUUGAGCACAAUAUUUUGUUGUGGGAUGAGUGUUCAGAGCUGGUUACCGUCAUGAUGAUAAUGGUUUGUAUGUUCACAACCCAAAACGAAACAGUUACAACAACAUAUUCCCGAUAUAAUUAAUCUCUUUUUGAUCUGUGAAAUGACAGUCUGAUUUUAAAUUAUGGGGUAUGCCAGACAAACACAUUUCUGGCCUACUUACACAUUGAAUGUGUUGGAUAAUUAAUUCAGCUUGUGUUUAUUAAAGAGGUUAAUGAGAGUAAGCACAAACUCAGAUGGUAAAUGAACUGCUGAAGUUUACAACAGAGAAGACUGAAUUGGGAUAUUUCCUGGUUCAGUCUGUGGUAUGUUAGUUCACCUCAGCUGGGUCUGUUAGACAUCACACUGCUCGCGUUAGAUUCAGAGUAAAGUCAGAAGCCACACAACACCAGAUUAUAGUGCAACAGAUUUAUUUGUAAUCACAAACU